UUGUUUACCUGAGAAGCACCUAGCAUUAUCGUUAACAAAGUAGACAAUAAAUUGUACACUAGGCUUCAGACGAGGAAACCAGUCAGGCUUUCAAUAUAUUGGUCUAAUUCUUACAGGUGGAACAACUGGCACAGCUAUUUACACGUAAGGCGAAAGGAACUGAGCAUACAAUUAUGGAAGGAACAAAUAGAAAAUCAGUUGCAAGCAUUUCGUUUGUGGAUGGAAAAACAUUGUCGGUCUCCGAGUGCAAUAAACAGGCAUUAAGUCAGACCUUUAGUGUCGACCUUGUAGAAGCGGCCCUGGCACAAGUCGAGUUUUUGUCCACAGUAGACAAAUACCCGGCACUAAAAUCCGUCAAACACAUCCAAAAUACCAGAAGGAGAUAUGAACAAUUGUGGCUUCCUCUAGCUGCGGAGCAUGCGCAGGAGCGUUUAACAGCCCCUCUUGAUAUUGAGUGGCUUUGGCACUGCCAUCUACUGUGUCCUGUUACCUAUGAGAAGGAUUGUAAGACGUUAUUUGGAGGCAUGGUCAAUCACCGCUUGGUCCGUUACCAUGAUAGGGAGUACGUACUGAAGCGAUCAAAACAGUUAUGGAAUGCCAAGUAUAAGGACGAACCUUUUGAAGUUGAACUAUCAAUGGAUAAAAUGCUAGAGGCAUCCUCUGGGACAGAAUUCAAAUCUGGUAUCUCUUACGAUCUAGAGGCAGCUAUAUUGCGCCAAAGCUGUUUUUAUUAUAACGUGUCUCUGCCUCAUUAUCUCGACAGGAAAUUUCUAACACUAUCUGUGCAGAGAUACCAGAAAUUUCUUUUCCUUCGCAAAAAUUCAUUUAAACUCUUUAUAGUUCCAUGUUACGAUCAGGAUUUGAUUUGGCACACACAUCAGUUGCAUCCCUUUGCAUACAAAGAUGAUACUAUCCGCCUUUUGGGUAAAGUUCUAGUUCACGACGAUACCACCGUAGAUAGGUCCCCGGAUUCCAAACUAACCUUAUCUACCAUCGACACAAGACGACUAUGGCGGGAAAUGUAUCAAGAAGAUUUUAAUACACCGGGGGCGAUGUAUCGUGGUCCUUCUCCAGACGAACUCUACUCUCCUAUAUGUUACCGUGAUGAUCAAACCCAUUCCAGACUCGGACUACAAUUGAAAUUAGACUCUCUAUCUAUUGAUAGAAUUCCAGAGGGAGAAUAUGGACUCGAUUUCAGUUUACAAAUAUUUUUAACAGAAGAUCAAGUUAAAAUCAGAAAACCUACAAUUGAACUUUUUGGACCCACCAUGGUAUGGACUGCGAACGAACUAUUUUCAUGUAGCUUGCAUUCCCGGCGAUGGCUGAUAUUCCAUCUCAAAGUACGGAAAGGGACUAUUUUUUCUCGUGAAGUAAUAGUAGGCAAAGGUAAAAUUGAUCUGCAUCAAUUGCUAGAUCGCUCAAGUGUUUAUUGCUUCCAAGAAUCUGUGUCUUUAGAGGGAGAGGACAAGAACUUGGCUUACGUCUCUGGAUGCAUCACAGAGCAUUACCCAGAUACGAUUUACUCCUUCAACACGGGAGAGUUCUCCGUAUGUGCAGUUCCUCACGAUAUAGACAGAGUGUUUCCGAUAGAACCAACAAAACUAGAGCCUAAUGAGUGUGGGGCUGGCUAUGUCGCCCAACACAGAUUUAUAAAUGAGAGCAAUGUUGGCGAUGUUGAAUGUAGAUUCGUGUACAGCCCUCAUCGAUCUGAAGCUGAUAUACAAUUCAUACAGAACGCAAAAAUUGUCUGCUCAGCAAAGACAGUGGACUCGAGCCAUUUACCGCUCUCAUUUCAGGUCUCCAAUCCUAACUGGUACGCCACGUUAGAUCCGCGUCUCGGUGAGCGGGCUGUGCUGAUCAGACAGACUUCCGGAGACUGGGCUGUGCUGACAGGACGAUGGAUCAGUUCUCAAGACAAGAAAGAAGGGUAUCUUUCUGUGAAAUUCCACAAGUUAGAGGACAAAUCUACUCAGUAUAUUGAUGUCCGAGUGCCUAAGUCAGAGGAGGAACAUUUUUGUAUUCAUGUGGAUAACAAUGUGUUUGACAUGGAAAGUUCCGACUUCUGUCUGCGCUGUAGAUCUGACGAAUCAUUACAUUACUUAGCCACCGGUUUGUCAAUAUUCCUUCUCCUCGUGCUUUGCAUGCCUAGACUAACAGACGUAUCCAAGGCGGAAGAGGAAGUAAAUGAGAUGAGUCACGUGAUUGAUUCGAAAUUCCUCGUCGGAUGCGGGUUCAACGUGAUCACAUCAAAUAAUUCCAAGAAAAUGAAGGCGUAGAUACAUGUACGAUUUAUAGCUAAAGUCAGCAGUUACUCUCUGUCUUUCAUUAUGAACCUCUGUACUCAUACAACUGUAUGCACGUUUUUGCAAGAUCGUUUGUUUUUAAAGUUGAUAACCAGAAAAUAACCAAAUUCUUGUUUUGAAUAGAUAAUCAAACGUUUGAUUUUGUUUGGCAAAUGUUUUUCUUUGUUUCGUCAUGCUAUAAUUGUUUGAAGUUUUAUAAUGCAGAAAAAAACAAACAACACAUCACAUUAUAGUCAAGAUACCUUUAUCAAGAACUGCCAUUUACAAAUAAACAACAAUGACCAUUAAUGACACAUUUUCAUGUAUUGCUAAAUAUAUAACAGAUCAACAUAAACGGUUCUGUUCUAUGUAUUUUUUCCUUGACAAUUUUCUAAACGGUACGUGCCAGUUUUAUUUAGGCCAUACCUAUUUUUGUAUUUUUUGCUCAUCUGACCCCAUUCGAUUGUAUUUAACAAAAAGAAAGG